AUGGCACACCCAGAGGAGCUGGCGAAAGGCACGGCCGAGUCAAAACAUGCUGAUGCUACACUUCAAGAUCUAAGCCAUCCAGAGAAGGCGAUAGCAGGACGAGAUGCAGCCCUCGAUAUCGUCAACGCACAAGGAGGAGUCCGACGAGAUAAGGAGCUCGAACGAAAGCUGUUGCGCAAGAUCGAUCUACGCAUCAUGCCGUUGAUCUGCAUCGUGUACUUCUUGCAAUACAUCGAUAAAACUGCCAUCUCGUACGGCAGCGUUACUGGCCUUCUCGACUCUACUCACCUUCACGGAAAUCAGUUCAACUGGGUCGCCAGCAUCUUCUUCUUCGGACAGCUCGCGUUCGAGUUUCCGACGAUUCGACUCAUUCAACUGUUCCCACUGGCCAAGUACGUCGCGGUCAAUGUCACGAUAUGGGGCGCUGUUCUGGCCUCUCUGGCUGCAUGCAAGUCCUAUGGCUCCCUCCUCGCAUGUCGCUUCAUUCUCGGCGCUGCAGAGGCAGCAGUGGUUCCGGCCUGGGUCAUCUUCACUUCGCAAUGGUACACGAAGGAAGAGCAGGCUUUCCGCGUGGGCAUCUGGUUCUCCAUGUGCGGUGUGGCUCAGAUGUUUGGAGGCUACUUCGCGUACGGCGUUGCCAACCACGUCGGUGGGGACGUCCAUGCGGCUCUGAAGGGUUGGCAGAUCAUCUUCCUCUUCCUUGGACUCCUCACUGCACUGAUCGGGAUCAGCUUCUGGUUCGUGAUGCCAGACUCGCCUGCUUCAGCAAGCUUUCUCAAAGAAGACGAGAAGGCUCUCCACAUCGAACGCAUUCGUCACAACGAACAAGGCAUCGGAUCGAGGACCUUCAAAUGGGAGCAAUUCCGCGAGGCCCUGAUUGACCCGAUGACAUGGCUGUAUGCAUUCUGGGUCUUUGCCGCCAACAUCCCCAACAGCAUCGCGACAUCCUUUGGAAACAUUCUCGUCAAGGGCAUGGGAUACACGAGCAAGGAGUCUCUGCUACUGGUCACUCCAUUGGGAGCCUACGAGAUCGUGGCGCUUGUGGGCCUGACAUACAUUGCGAUGAAGACCAACCAGCGCCUCUACGCAUGUAUCGCAGGACACAUUCCCGCGAUCGUGGGAGCGAUUCUGAUGGCUACAACGGACAAAGCUCCUGCCCUGGUCGGAUACUACUUGUCCGGUGGAGUACCCAUAGGCUGGACGACGAUUCUUGGUCUGCAAGCCUCGAAUGUGGCAGGAUCAACAAAGAAGGUAACGGUUGCUUGCAUUGGCACCAUCGCGUAUACUGUUGGCAACAUCAUCUCUCCCCAGACGUUCCAGGCGAAAGAUGCACCCAGGUACCUCCCAGCAAAGAUCUCUAUCGUUAUCAUAUACUUCCUCAUCACCGUGGAUCUCGCCAUCAUGAGAUGGGUGUUCGUCAGGCGGAACAAGAAGCGUGAUGGGGAGAAGGAGCAACGCGGAGUAGACUAUACGGUGGAGCUGAAUCAUGAGUUUCAGGAUAAGACGGACUUGCAGAAUCGCGAGUUUAGGUACGCGGUGUAG